GCGACUGUUGUGAACUGGGAUUAGUUGAUGAUGGGGUACUUAUCGUGGUUUACCGGUAACGUAUGAAUGAAUUAUAUUUAAGUAGAACAUUUCCGUCGAAAGGCUUAAACUUUUAAAAGAAAAGGAAGAUGGAUAGUGUGGAGAAACUCUACAGAAAUUAUGAAGUAUUGGCCGAUGCCAAAGAAAAAAUUCUAGAGCAUGAAAAGGAAUACUUUGAGAUACUAGAUGCUGUAAAAGGUUCUACUAAUGAAAAACGUCUAGCUUCACAGUUCAUAACCCGCUUUUUUAAGAGCUUCCCACAUCUGGUGGAUAAAGCUAUUGAUGCUCAGUUAGACCUUUGUGAAGAUGACGAUGUAUCCAUACGAAAGCAGGCCAUAAAAGAGUUGCCCAGUUUUUGUAAGGAGAACAUAGAAUUUGUUCCAAAGAUUGCUGAUGUAUUAGCUCAACUGUUGCUAACAGAUGAGCCAUCUGAACUAACAGUGGUUCACGCAGCACUGAUGACUGUCUUCAGAAUCAGUGCCAAAGACACAUUGGGCGGGCUGUUUUCCCAGAUAUUCAACGGAGAAGAAGUUGUCCGAGAAAGAGCCAUUCGUUUCUUAAACAGCAAAACCAAGGCCUUGCCUUCAGACAUUAUGACAAAGGAGUUAGAAGAUUACAUACUUCAAGAAUGCCAAAAGAUAAUGCAAGAUGUAACAGGAGAAGAAUUUAUUACCCUGAUGAGUGUUUUAUCAGGACUUAAACUUUCAAAAACAAUACCUGGCCAGCAAACAUUAGUAGACAUGGCAGUUGAUAUGUUGGACAUAGACAAAGAGUUUGAGCACACUGAUUCUGAUAGUGUUGUGAGAGUCAUGCAGUGUAUUAGACAAGCCCUACCAUUUUUUAAUCCAUACGUCAGCUCAGGUCGAUUUGUUCAGUAUUUCUGUAAACAAGUGGUUCCAGUACUCGAAAGUAUUCCCACUAUAGAAGAAGGGACAGAUGUUAGUUUAGAGUUGUUGAAACUGUUAGCAGAUAUGGCUCCUUGUGCUAUAAAUUUGGAGAAUAAUCAAAAGUGUCUUGAAAUUGUCUUCAAUAAAUUACUGGAAUACGUACCUCCACCGCCAUCUAAUGAGAAUGUUGAAAAUUCCACUCCGUCUCAUGAACCAUCUCUGCAGCUGUCUCAUGUUGAAUGUCUUUUGUACACAUUUCAUCAGCUUUGUAAGCAUGAUCCUGAGUUUCUCUCCUCAGUUGAAAAUACAGAACGUCUCAGGGACUUCAAACUGAGAUUGCAGUAUCUGGCUCAGGGAAUUCAGGGAUACAUUAAAAAACUAAGAGCAGCAUUGCAAGGAAAGAAAGAAGAAGAACUAAAGACAGAUGAGAACAAGCUCAAAGUUGUAGCCUUGAAAACAACUUCAAACAUUAACACUCUUAUUAGAGAUCUCUUCCACAGUCCUCCAUCCUUCAAGAGUACAGUCACUUUGUCGUGGAAGGUACCAAGUAUUACAACAACUAAAAAUCUUGAAUCCAAUACUAGUGGCAAAAAAAGGCCAGAAAGAACACCCAUUAAUUUUGAUGAAAAUCCCAAACAAGCAAAGAAGGCAGCACCAGUAAAUAAAGGAGAACGGGAAAUGUAUGCUCCUCCUAGUGGAAAAUAUAGCACUAAAGUGAAAAACUUUCAAACACCAUUAGGAGGCCGAGGAGGAAGGGGUAGGGGCAUUUCUCGAGGUAGAGGAAGAGGCUAUCGAGACAAAUUUUAUUAACGUGUUUCAUGCAUUCCAAUAAUUACAUCAAAAGGUUUCAUAAAUUCUUUGUUGUGUUUGUAGCAGUAUCUUUAUGUGACAAGUCAAUGCAGAAUUUUAUUCUAUACAUUUCUGUGGCUGGAUCAUCUAUGUAAACCAUUAAACAGUAAUAUGGCUUCUAUUGGAA